CAUUCCACUUUUUUGACUUUAGUUUAAGAUUUAAACCAGUUGAGACAUUAAAUGAUAUUUGGAUGUUUCAGAGUAAUGAGUAGAUGAAGUGAACAAAUAGAGGGUUAAUAAUAACAUUUUCUUUGAAAUAGUUAUUAUUAGAAAAACACAAUUUGAAUAUGAUGAUUAAUAACAACCCAAGACGGAUUUUCUUUAUUAAAACAGAAACUUUGAAUUAAAGGAUCACUUGUACAAGUUGGUUCAAGCACGUGCACCGGAAGUGGGCAGUACGUUCACUGUGACUGUCUGCGCGUGCAGCUCGGACCUACUUCUCGCGCGCUCGUGUGUCGGAGCAGCUCGAGAAGCGGAUGAUCAGUUCGGUGACUUCCGGAGACGAGAGGCCGAAGUGACACGUGACGGUUAUUGUUUGUUUGUUUGUGGUCAUCAGUAACGUUCACGCGCCUGCUGCCGCUCCGCGCGCUCCUCCUGUGGCGACCCACACGAUGCUCGCGCUCGCCUUCACGUGCACAGCGCUGCUCGUGCUCGUGCCCUGUGGAUCGAUUAAUUCCGACAGAACAGCGCCCCUCCUGAUCGCAGAGAACAUGUGGCCCCGCGGCUGUGUCCUGGACUGCCAGAGGGGGCGCCACAGAGCCGUGUGCGGCAGUAACGGCAGGUUGUAUAAAUCCAUGUGCGCCUUCCAGAGGGCGCGGUGCAUCAACACACAUCUACGUCUGGCUCCACGUGCACACUGCUCAGAUCGGACUCAGUCUAAAUGUCAGCUGGCUCGGGCUCAGGCGCUGGAGGCCAAGACCCGCGGCAGCAGCAGCAGCAGCGGUCGUGUCAGUCAUGUCAGUCAUGUCAGUCCUGCCGCUGCCAUGUUUGUUCCCGAGUGUCAUCCCGAUGGUCACUUCCUGCCAGUGCAGUGUCACAACCAGACCGGAUACUGUUGGUGCUCCACACCGGACGGGAAACCUCUCAGCGGGACGUCCGUCCUCCACCUGACCCCCAGCUGCUCCGAUCAUUUCCUCAAGAUGGAUCCACUGAAAGAUGAGGCUGAGGAGCCGGGGCCGACGCUGGACCCCAGGAAACCUGCAGAGCUCACAGCUCCGCCCAUCUGGGUGACCAUCCUGAUGAACUCCGUCAGACGACCCACAGACAGUCCUCAGACUUGUGAGCGUGAGAGAGCGGCGCUCCUCUCUCAGAUGCUCUCAGCCUGGCAGAAGGAGCGUUUUAUCCCAGAAUGCACUGCAGCAGGCCGCUACAGCCCCGUGCAGUGUCACACUGCUACAGGUUACUGCUGGUGUGUGCGGGUGGAGAGCGGGCGGCCACUGUCAGGCACCUCUGCAAGGAAUCGUAUCCCAGACUGCACCGGGGCAGAGGAGGCACCAGACACACCCGACCGGAGGUUCAGGGACAAACCUCUGCCUGGAUGUCCUGGAGCUCGUAAGGAGCAGUUCCUGCAGAGUCUGAUCGCAGCUCUGCAGCUGGAAGCAAAGCAUGCUGGGAGUCUGAGUCCUUACCAGGCUGCAAACACACCUCCUUCUCAUGCUCCGUCUCUUUUAUCAAACCCUCCAUCCUCCUCCUCCUCCUCCUCCUCCUCCUCCUCUUCAUCCUCCUCCUCCUCACCCCUAAACGUGGCCCACGCUGCUGCCCUGGAGGCUGUGGACUCCCCGGGCCCAGAGGAGGUGCUGCAGUGGCACUUCACCCGGCUGGACGUGGACUCCAGCGGCGUGCUCAGCGAGCGCGAGGCUCGACCUCUCCGUCAGUUCCUGAGACGCCGGUUGAAGCCGCGACGCUGCGCCAAGAAGUUCGUUCAGUACUGCGACAGAGACGGAGACCGAGGCCUGACGCUGGAGGAGCUGAGGGUCUGCCUGGUGCUCUGAGGUCAAAGCCACAGAGGCAAAUCACCUCCUUCCUCUCCCUCCUCUUCAUCAAGUCACCAAAACAUCAUCCUUCACUUCCAGCUCGGAUUAACAGCUGAUCUUCAUCCAUCAUCUUCAUCACAGGAUGUUUUUCACUCAUCACAAGGUUCAACAGGACCAUCGACUUCCUGUCUCAUGUCACCAGCUGUAUCUGUGUGGUCACAACAAAUCUAAAUCAACCUUCAAGUAUUUAUUUCACACCUUGGUUCAUUUGUGUCACUGAUGUUUCCCUCCUUCCUUAUCUGGAUCCUUCCCUUCUUUCCUUUCCUUCACCCUCCCUUCCUGUCUUUCCUGCCUCCUUCUGCACAACAACCCUUCCAUAAAUCCACUUGUCCUUGCACCCUUUCUUCUUUUUCUUGUCUCCUACCUUCUCCUCUUAGUUGCUUCCUUUGUUACAUCACUUCCUGUCUUCAGCAGAUAAGACUUUGAGGUCUCAGGACCUUCAUGCACACGUAAGCAUUUCAUCAUGAGGAGAAACCCAAACAUCAGUAAAUCAGGUUUUCAUCUCUUUAGUUAAACUUCAGACAGAAACUUAGUGUUAAUGAAACAGACGUUUAUUAAAGGAUCAACGGUCAAAAAUCCUUUAAUUCUGUUUCAGUUUGACCUUUGACCUCAGAUCAUUUCUGUGACAAAUCACUAAUGGGCCCACCCCAGGGUGUCAUCAGCCUGAUAGUAAACACAGCGCCCCCUGCUGCCUGUAGGGUCACAGGGUCAUGGCGACGCCUCAGGUACAGUGUAGACACCACAGAGGAAGAAGCAUCACUCACCUUCAGCUGUUUGUCACAGGGAAUUACCCACAAUUCAUAGCGUCGUGAGUAACAAACUAAAUGACAUCCAUUGUUUCAUCUCAGUAUGAACAAUAAAGUGCUGUGAUUGGUCAAAUGAAUGAUUUUUGUCAGUCACGUACUUUGGUGACAUCAUGUUCUACCGUGGCUCAACUUCCUGUUACUCAUCUUCCUCCAGUCUCAUUUCUUCCCUUAACCCUCUUCCUCCUCCUCCUCCUCCUCCUCUUCAUCCCUUCUUCUUCUCUGUUGUAAAUAUUUGUUUCCCAUAUUCUGAACACAUAUUUCCAGUUGAGCGGGAACAAACCGUUCUGAUCAUUUGUUUUAAACGUUACAUUUGAGGCAGUUUCCGUCUGCAGCACUUUUCUGAGACUCUUUGUGUUUGUUUACUGACGUGAUGACUCGUCUGUAGUUUCCUGUUUUUGAUGCAAGUCCUGAUUUUUUGUAAAUGUGUUUUUAUUGAAAUGUUGUUGUCGACUCUUCAUUCGUCUGAACAGUGAUUUAUUGAAAACUGUUUGUCGGUGUCAGUAACAAUAUGUUCAUGUGAUGGAGUCAGCUCGUUGUUCCUCAGCUCCCACAGGAAGACAGCUACUGGUUCAUGUGCCUCACCAGUGACCAGAUCUCCACUUCCUGCUUCAGAUGCUAAUAAACUUGAACGUCGUUCAAUAGGUUGUUAUUUUCCAACAUG